CUCUCCCGUGUGCUCCCUCCCUCCUUCCCUCCCUGCCUCCCUCCUUCCCUCCCUGCCUCCCUCCCUCCCUGCCUCCCUCCUCCCCUCCCGCUCCCUCUCCUCUGCUAUAGAGGUUUUCUACAGCACUUCCCAGCCAGUGUGUUCAGCCUGCUUGCCUGCCUCUCUGUGUGUGUGUGUGUGAGAGAGUGUGUGUGAGCGCGUGUGCGUGCGUCUACUUUGUACUGGGAGAACACUGCCCAUGUGCUCUGCAUGGACGUUACUAAUACUCUGUUUAGCUUGAUUUUCGACAAGCAGGCAAGAUGUCCAGCACACCACAUGACCCCUUCUAUUCUUCUCCUUUCGGCCCAUUUUAUAGGAGACAUACUCCCUAUAUGGUACAGCCAGAGUACCGAAUCUAUGAGAUGAACAAGAGACUGCAGUCUCGCACAGAGGACAGUGACAAUCUCUGGUGGGAUGCCUUUGCCACUGAAUUUUUCGAAGACGACGCCACAUUAACUCUUUCCUUUUGUUUGGAAGAUGGACCAAAGCGAUACACGAUCGGCAGGACCCUGAUCCCCCGUUAUUUCAGCACUGUAUUCGAAGGAGGAGUGACAGACUUGUAUUACAUCCUCAAACACUCCAAGGAGUCCUACCACAACUCAUCCAUCACGGUGGACUGCGACCAGUGUGCCAUGGUAACCCAGCACGGGAAGCCCAUGUUCACCAAGGUGUGUACAGAAGGCAGGCUGAUCUUGGAGUUCACCUUUGAUGAUCUCAUGAGAAUAAAAACAUGGCACUUUACCAUUAGACAAUACAGAGAGUUAGUACCAAGAAGCAUUCUAGCCAUGCAUGCACAAGAUCCUCAGGUCCUGGAUCAGCUAUCCAAAAACAUCACCAGGAUGGGGCUCACAAACUUCACCCUCAACUACCUCAGGUUGUGUGUAAUACUGGAGCCAAUGCAGGAACUGAUGUCGAGACACAAAACCUACAACCUCAGUCCACGAGACUGCCUGAAGACCUGCUUGUUCCAGAAAUGGCAGCGGAUGGUGGCCCCGCCAGCAGAACCCACAAGGCAACCAACAACCAAACGGAGAAAAAGAAAAAAUUCCACCAGUAGCACUUCCAACAGCAGCGCGGGGAACGCCAGCAACAGCACUGGAAGCAAGAAGAAGAGCGCCGCGGCCAACCUGAGCCUGACCAGUCAGGUACCUGAUGUGAUGGUGGUAGGAGAGCCAACUCUGAUGGGAGGUGAGUUUGGGGACGAGGACGAAAGGCUAAUCACUAGAUUAGAAAACACGCAGUAUGAUGCGGCCAACGGCAUGGACGACGAGGAAGACUUCAACAAUUCACCCGCCCUGGGGAACAACAGCCCGUGGAACAGUAAACCUCCAGCCACACAAGAGACCAAAUCAGAAAACCCCCCACCCCAGGCUUCCCAAUAAGAGGUUCUGCCUGCCAACAUCCACUGUGGAUAGGCCCCUCCCGUGGGCUCUCAUGGCAGAUCUUCACUUACAGGAGAGGAGCAAGGAGAAAUUAAAACUUUCCCCGCGCAAAAGAUCUAGCCCUAAGCCACAAUGAUCAGUGAUCUGGUUUUCUUUCUUGCAUCCUUUUGUUUUCUGUUUUGUUUUGUUGUUGGUCGUGAGGCUUGAACCCAGGGUUUGGACGCUGUCCCUAAGCUCUUUCUUGCU